GCCUCCUCUAGCCCAGUCAGUCAGUUACCCUCAAUGGCCGACGAUCCCCUGGACUCGUCCCCGUCGGCGUCCGCCGCCGCCGCUGCUGCCGGCGGAGUCUGCUCCGCCCCCGCCCCAGCGCUCCGGCCGCGGCGGGAGCCAUUUGAGUACGGGCUCCUGCCGAUCCCCAAGCUGGUCUUCCCGGAGGGCACGCUGACGCAAACCCUAUCCCAGCUGAAGGAGAGGCUCGCGCCGGGGGGACCGCGGGUGGGCGCCGCAGCGCUCGCUGAUGCGCUGCAGAUCCCUGCCGAGCAGGCGGCCCUGGCGCUCGGGACGCUCGCUGCGGUGCUGCCCGCGGAGGAUCCGGAGCUCGGCGAGGAUGGCGCGGGGAAUGCCGACCUCCGCGACCUGCUUCUUUUCAUCUACAUCCAGUCCUACAAGCGCCUCGUGCCGCGCGCGCACAAGGACUCGCCCGCCGUCGCGGAUGUUUGGCCGUCCACCUCCGCCUUCGAUGGAUACCUCUCCGCGCUAUCGCCGAUCCAGUUUGUACGCAGCAAUAGUCGCCGUUUUAUGCCUUCACAAGCAGAUGAAGAAUCUCAUCAACUGUCAUAUUUACAAAAGCAUAUGGCCAACAUUCUAACACUUUUAGCAGAUUCUGUUGAUGGAGAGGGAGAUGACUCUAUGGUAUUGACAAUGGAGACUUUUGAGCACCUUGGAUUUUUGUUGCAUCUCUCUGAAGGAACUCCUUUAAGCCAAGCAGCUACAUUUUUUGCAAAUUCGGAUCCAGACAUGCCCGCUGCUCCUGUACCUGCUGCUCUGGUACAUGAUUGGAUCUUGCAGCAUAUAGCUUCAGCAUUAGAUUUUAUGGCAGAGAAGUCUGCGGCAAAAGAAAACAGCAAUAAUGCAUUUGAUCCUGAUGUCACAAUGUCUGAUGCUGUCACGAAUACAAGAAUUCAUAGCAGCUCACCAACUGGCACUUCUGCACCAAACUAUCCUGGAUACUACCGAAAUGCAUCAUUUGUGGAGGGUUGCUCUAAAACUUCAGUUGUCAAACAAGCAUCGGAUCUGAAAGGGCAUUCAAUAAAGGUUUUGAACUGCCAUGAUUCUGUCAUUUACAUUUUAGCCCCACUUAAGUAUGCAACCGUCUACGGAUGUUCUGACACUACCAUUAUUCUUGGUGCUAUUGGUAAGGUUGUUAAAGUGGAGCAUUGUGAACGUGUACAAAUUAUUGCAGCUUCAAAACGAAUCUGUAUUGCCAAUUGUCGUGAAUGUAUCUUCUACUUGGGAGUAAAUCACCAACCACUUAUUGUGGGGGACAACCAUAAAUUACAAGUUGCCCCAUUCAAUACUUAUUAUCCACUACUUGGGGAGCAUUUGGCACAAGUUGGUGUGGAUCCUAAUGUCAACAAGUGGGACCAACCUUUUGUGUUGGGAGUUGUUGAUCCGCAUGAUUCUUUAUCUCAUCCUGCUGGGGUUUCUGACGUCCAGGCCGAGUCCGCCACUUGUCUAGAUCCUGAUCUAUUUACUAACUUUUUGAUUCCUAGUUGGUUUGAAGUAGAAGGACCUACCAAAUACAAUCCGUUUACCUUACCUGAAGUUUACUGGGCAUCCCAAAGGAAAAAGCAUGCUUCUCUGGACGAUAUUCAAAAGAAUAUCCGGGAACUGGAGAUCGAUGAUAACCGGAAGAAAGAAUUAGCAUGUGCCCUUCAUGCUCAAUUCAAAGAUUGGUUAUAUGCUUCAGGGAAUAUCCGCCAGCUAUACUGUUUGCAAGGUGAAUAAGCAUACGGUGGGAUUCAUCUCUCAUUGCAAUAUGCACCAGUCUGCAUCUGUAAGUGCAACUCAACUCGGGGCGCCUCCGAAAUCCAAAAGUGACUUCCAAGCUGACUUCGUGUUGCUUGCCCUGAUGCACCUGGUAUUUCAGCUGUAGUGUUUGUGGAGGGAAGUAUGUAUGUAACUGUAACGUUUUUUGUUUGUUCCAAUCAUUUUUUAUCACUUUCCCCAUUUUGUUUGGCCGCAAGGUUUCUGUAAAUCUUUGAUAUUGCGGGUUUCAUACUUGAAAUUUCACAAAGCGGAUACUCAAUCCUCUCUUUGGGAAGAAAUAACAUUUUUUUAACCUUCAGAGGGUCAUUUAA